AUGGUCAAAACGGCCGGCGUAACUUUCCACGAGCGUCGGCGUCGCCUCAAGCCGCGCCAUGUCUGUAAACGUCAUGUGCACGUUUUCAAGGCCAAGAUGGUGGCGCACCAAAAGACAGUCGUUGGCCUCGCGUUCGGCGUCGUUGAGCAAAAUGAGAAUCCGGGCGGCCGGCCAUGCGCGCACCGCCGCCUCAAGCACAUCGACGCAGUAGGCAUAAAACGGCACCGCAAUCUGCCCAAGGAAACACACAUCAUGGAGCGACACCGCCGGCGGCACCGCAACCAAAAUGUGUUCGGGCGACGUCACAGUCACAUAGUGCUGGAGCCCGCCGUCAAUGGUCUCGCCGUAGACCCAGUGUGCGAGACAGGGCCAUUUUUUGUGCACCUCGUAGUUGGCGCGGUCGAGGCGCGCCACGACGCGGCAGUUGGCGCACGGCGAGGCGCGCUGCACCCAGCAGGCCGAGUGCGGGAACACAUAGUACUUGGGCCCGCGCGAACGGCGCGGUUUCUCGCCGCCCGCCUUCCGUUGAAGAAGCUCCUCCUGGUGGGCCGGCGACACGAGCUUGCCCACUAUUUGUGUGCCUGGCACAAUGCCCGGCCGCGCGUUGAACUGGGCAAAGUUUAG